GACUAGGCAGGGUCUCAUACCACCAUUGUGUAACUUAUACGUUAAGUACAGGGCAGGCACAGACUUGUAAUGUAACAGAGCAAAAACAAAACCACUUGUGACACUGAAAACAGAAAACACACAUACAGUGAAGACCAAAUGUCUGAGAUCACAGGGAGGACCUCUGAAUUUAUGAAGCAAUGCUCUGCCGGAUCCUCUCUGUCCUGCUCUAGUUACCACAACUCCUGCUGCUCCACCGCAACCAAGAGUGCUUCUGCUGCUGCUCCUAGUGGUUUGGCUGCCUCCUAAAGGGACAAAAAGGAGAAUUCGCAAUCCUCAUCAGCUGUUGUCUACUCACAUAUGGUGCAUAGUUUGCAUUCCUGAGUCGACAUCCCUAACGCUCAGCUACUUGCCAGCCUGUGCCACUAAUAGGGUUCAUCCACACAGGAUAUUAUUAGGUGUGUGCUCUUAUUUUCCCUGGAUUGCACACGCUAAAAGCCAUCUUUUUUAGUUUUUCCUCUCCACUGCCACACGUGUGGUGGCAGGACAUCAUAGGCCAUGGAGCCCAACAUGGAGUACUGUCUGACCCAGGUGCUACAGAAGGAUGUGGCCCGCAGGUUGCAGGUGGGUUCGGAGCUCAUCGACUACAUCACAGAUGCAGACAAGUGUCAAGACCUGGAGAGUGACCAGACUGCGUUGGAUAAAUUGGUGGACGGUAUUGCCACCUCUUGGGUUAAUUCCAGCAAUUUCAAGUUGGCUUUGUUGGGAAUGGACCUGCUAUCUGCCUUAGUGACGAGAUUACAGGACCGAUUUCGGCCCCAAGUUGGUACAGUUUUACCCAGCUUGAUAGAUCGGUUAGGUGAUGCCAAAGAUCAAGUCAGAGACCAAGAUCAAACCCUGCUGCUGAAGAUCAUGGAGCAGUCAGCUACUCCUCAGUAUAUAUGGGACCGAAUGUUGGGGGGUUUCAAACACAAAAACAACCGGACAAGAGAGGGAGUCUGUCUCUGUCUCAUCUCAACUCUGAACACAUACGGUGCCCAAGGCUUAACCCUGAGCAAAAUUGUACCACAUAUAUGUAAUCUACUCGGAGACCCCACAAGUCAGGUUCGGGAUGCGGCUAUGAACUGCCUUGUGGAAAUAUACCGACAUGUUGGAGAGAAGGUUAGAAUUGACCUUAGCAAAAAAGGACUGCCGCAAUCAAGGUUGAAUGUAAUUUUCAGCAAAUUUGAUGAAGUCCAAAGAUCUGGGAACAUGAUCCUCUCCUCAGGUUCAGAUAAGAACUUUGAUGACGAGGACUCCGUGGAUGGGGGCAGGUCCUCCUCCUCUUCCUCUUCUAAGUGCUUCUCCAACAGCAGGAGAGGGGGCAGCAUGGGCUCAAUGAGACGACCCAGUUCUGCCUCUGGAUCCAGGGCUCCAGGGAAGGACAGUGUCAGUGCAGGAGCUGUGGAUGAAGAGGAUUUCAUCAAGGCUUUUGAAGAUGUACCUGCAGUGCAGAUAUAUUCCAGCAAGGACUUGGAGGACUCCUUGAAUAAGAUCCGUGAAAUUCUGUCAGAUGACAAGCAAGACUGGGAACACCGUGUCACUGCUCUGAAGAAAGUGCGGUCACUGAUUCUGGCUGGUGCAACUCAACAUGAGGGUUUCCUUCAACAUCUCCGGCUUUUAGAAGGUGCCUUCAAGUCAUCCGCUAAAGAUCUUCGGUCCCAAGUGGUUCGAGAAGCCUGUAUCACAUUAGGGCAUCUGUCUUCAGUGCUGGGGAAUAAAUUCGAUCACGGGGCUGAAAGCAUCAUGCCUACGCUGCUAAACUUGGUGCCCAACAGCGCCAAAAUUAUGGCCACAUCCGGAGUGGCAGUCAUCCGAAUCAUCUUGCGACAAACACACUUCCCACGCCUUAUCCCGAUUAUCACCAGCAACUGCACUUCUAAAUCUGUGGCUGUCCGAAGACGGUGUUUUGAGUUUUUAGACCUGUUAUUGCAAGAAUGGCAGACACACACUCUAGAGAGGCAUGUGGCCGUUCUAACUGAAACCAUUAAGAAGGGGAUCCAUGACGCCGACUCAGAGGCCAGAUCUGUGGCCAGAAAGUGUUACUGGGGAUUCCAUGGCCAUUACAGUCGAGAGGCAGAGCACCUGUUUCAGGCGUUGGAGUCGUCCUAUCAGAAGGCCCUCCAGUCUCAUCUCAAGAGUUCAGACAGUGUAGUGUCUCUACCGCAGUCCGACCGCUCCUCCUCAAGCUCACAGGAGAGCCUCAAUCGACCGCUGUCAGUGAAGAGUGUCAUUGGAGGCCCUGUUACAAGAAGUAAAGUGAUCAGCUCUAGGGUGUCCUCAACCCCUGGUGCCCUCCAGCGUUCCCGCAGUGACAUAGACGUGAAUGCCGCCUCCAGUGCCAAAUCUCGCAUGUCCACUGCAACCUCCCCAUCUCCCUUCAGCUCUGCUGCAGCUCUGCCUCCCGGCUCCUACGCCUCCCUGGGUCGUGUGCGGACGAGAAGGCAGAGCUCAGGGAGUGCGGUCAGUGCCAACAGCACUGUUACAGACAGCCGUGGUCGAAGCAGAGCUAAAGUGGUCUCUCAGUCCCAACGAUCCAGAUCAGCUAACCCUACUAGUGCCGGCAGCCGGUCCAGCUCUCCAGGGAAGCUCUUGGGACAUGCAUAUGGCAGAAUUCCUAGGGCCACUGCACCAGCAACACCCUCAGACAAAUACUCGAAGAUCCCAAGAAGCCAGGGAUGCAGCCGUGAAACCAGUCCCAGCAGAUUGGGCAUAGCCCGGAGCAGUCGCAUCCCCCGCCCCAGCAUGAGUCAGGGGUGCAGCCGUGACACCAGUCGCGAGAGCAGCCGUGACACAAGCCCCGCUCGGGGCUUCACUCCUCUUGCCUCCCGACGUCACUCUCGCUCCACCAGCGCGCUGUCCACGGCCGAACCCGUGGGCCAGUCAGAUCGCUUAGGCCUGAUCCAUCAGGCUCGCAUUUCUGCAUCGGUCAAUGCUAUGAGGGUGCUCAACACUGGCACAGAAGUGGAGGCUGCAGUGGCUGAUGCUUUGCGCAAGCCUUUGAGAAGGAGGUACGAGUCUGAUGAUGAUGCCAACAGUGACGCAUCCAGCGCCUGCUCAGAGCGUUCCUAUAGUUCCCGUAAUGGAGGCAUUCCUCACUACCUGCGUCAGACCGAGGACGUUGCUGAGGUGCUAAACCACUGCGCCAGUUCCAACUGGUCCGAGAGGAAGGAGGGCCUGCUGGGUUUGCAAAACCUGCUAAAGAGUCAGCGCAUUCUUAGCCGUGUGGAGCUCAAGAGGCUGUGUGAGAUCUUCACCAGGAUGUUUGCAGAUCCUCAUAGCAAGAGAGUGUUUAGCAUGUUCCUGGAGACUCUAGUGGAUUUCAUCACCGUGCACAGAGAGGAUCUCCAAGACUGGCUCUUUGUACUGCUCACUCAGCUACUAAAGAAAAUGGGAGCUGACCUCUUAGGCUCAGUCCAAGCCAAGGUCCAAAAGGCUCUGGAUGUCACAAGGGAGUCUUUCCCCUUCGACCAACAGUUUAACAUCCUAAUGAGAUUCAUUGUUGAUCAGACUCAAACCCCCAAUCUGAAGGUGAAGGUGGCCAUCCUGAAAUACAUUGAGUCCCUAGCACGGCAGAUGGACCCUGCAGACUUUGUGAACUCAAGUGAAACCAGAUUAGCUGUGUCUCGCAUUAUCACCUGGACCACUGAACCCAAGAGCUCUGACGUUAGAAAAGCUGCCCAGGUGGUGCUGAUCUCACUCUUUGAGUUAAACACUCCUGAGUUCACCAUGCUGCUGGGCGCUCUGCCUAAAACAUUCCAGGAUGGAGCCACCAAGCUCCUGCAUAGCCAUCUGAAGAACUCGAGCAACACCAGCAGUGUGAGUUCACCAAGCAAUACAAUGGGCCGCACGCCACCCCGGCACCCCACCAGCAGGACCAGUCCUCUAACCUCGCCCACAAAUUGCUCCCACGGGGGUCUGUCACCCAGUCGGUUAUGGGGUUGGAGUGUCGAUGGGCUCUUAAAGCACCCUUCUCCCUCUCCUCCUCCUCCUACUCCUCCGUCUCACCCCUCUAUUCCUGCAGGCCCCUCCCACAGGGCCUUCCGCUGUGCGCUCUCACCAAGUAUGCUGGAGUAUGACACAGAGAACAUGAAUUCUGAUGAGAUCUUCAGCUCGCUGCGCGGUGUCACAGAAGCCAUCCAGAGCUUCAGUUACCGCAGCCAGGAGGACCUGAAUGAGCCAAUCAGACGUGACGGGAAGAAGGUUGAUGCUGCUGGGAAGGAAGGGGCAUCUCCGGGGUCUGAUGCAAGACUGGGAUUGGAUGUUAUGGAAGGGGGUCGAACCGCUUUGGAUAACAAGACAUCUUUGCUUAACACACCGUCCCCGCGGUCUUUCGCUGUGCCGCGGUCAAGAGAGUUUGCUCCCUAUGGCUAUGGAGACACGAUCACGGCCUUUGACAAAAGCGCCCUGAAGGAAGCUGUUUUUGAUGACGACGUGGAGCAGUUCCGAGACUGCCGUCGGCAAGACUGUGGUGAGAACAAGAUGGUGCAUCCCAAGGGCUUUACUUCUGAUCUGGUGGCAGACUUACUGAAGGAGUUGUCUAAUCACAAUGAACGAGUGGAGGAGAGGAAGGGGGCUUUGAUCGAGCUGUUGAAGAUCGCUCGUGAGGACAGUCUGGCUGUGUGGGACGAACACUUCAAAACUAUCCUAUUGCUGCUAUUGGAGACACUCGGGGACAAGGAUCACACUAUCCGAGCACUGGCCUUACGGGUUCUGAAGGAGAUUCUGAGGAACCAGCCAGCACGCUUCAAGAACUAUGCAGAACUCACAAUCAUGAAAACACUAGAGGCCCAUAAGGACACUCAUAAAGAGGUGGUUAGGGCGGCUGAAGAGGCUGCCUCUACGUUGGCUGGCUCCAUUCACCCAGAGCAAUGCAUCAAAGUGCUGUGUCCCAUCGUACAGACUGCAGACUAUCCCAUCAACCUGGCUGCUAUUAAGAUGCAGACCAAAGUAGUUGAGCGCAUUGCCAGGGAGUCGCUGCAUCAGCUGCUGCCCGACAUCAUCCCUGGCCUCCUACAAGGCUAUGAUAACACCGAGAGUAGUGUUCGCAAGGCCAGCGUGUUCUGUUUGGUGUCCAUCUACUCUGUGAUUGGUGAGGAGCUGAAGCCACACUUGGCCCAGCUCACGGGUAGCAAGAUGAAGUUGCUAAAUCUGUAUAUUAAGAGGGCCCAGACCACCAACAGCAACAGCAGCAGUUCUUCAGACAUGUCGUCUUACAGCUAGCUGGAUGUACUCUAAUCAGUGCCCUACACGUGCAUUUGGCAACAUAGUUGUGCCUCCUCCAGAAUCCUUUUUUUUUUUUUUUUUUAAUUUUUUGCUUCAUCACAGUCUUGCUGGAUUUUCUCAGAAAGAUAUGUUGCUCACUGCAAUCAGACUUUUCUUUUCAUCCAGCUCCUGGAAACCUCUUAGUGUCUCAUGCAUCUUUCCAUCUGUGAAACAUUGAAUGUAAAGAAAAAUGCAUGCCGGCUUUUUGAUAGGGAACAGAUCUUCCAUGAUUGGCACUGCUUAUAUAAUUGCAGCAAACAAGCUGUCUUCAGCUUCUGAAGAGGUGAAACUACAUUUACUAGUAAUAACGUAUUCAUAUUUGCAAGUGGUGUUAAAGGUUUAAUUGAGUUAUUUAGAUAUUUUAAAUGGACACAAUUGGCUUAACUAAUGCAUCACUUGAAUUUCAAUCAACGCUAGUGGAUCAUUUGGCUGGCCGAGUGAUAAAUGUAAAGAAAAGAGGCAACUGUAAGUAAUUUGUAGGUUUGGCUACAAUGACAACCCCAAAAAAGAAAACAUAGGAUUAAAAAUUUAUUAUAUUCAUUUUUAUUUCAUGGGACCGCAAUACAACAUCCCAUAAUGUUGCAAUUAUAGGAAAUUGUUUCCAAGUCUUUAAGAAGGCUAAUGUAAAGCAAUUGUUUUGAUUUUAUUAUAGGAUGGAUUAUGUGUUGAAAAUGUAGGCCUCACUACAGGAUACAAGGUUAAAAACUUCUGAAUGUAGAGCUUUUCCUUUCAUAUUUGUGGAAAAAAAGCAAGGGUUUUGUGGGUAAACAUACAAGCCACAACACACUUGGACAUGCAAAAGUUCACACUCAGUGGAGUUGGAAACAUGACCAGGAGGAUCUUCAGACAACAAACAAUGAAUGAAAUCAAACCGAUUUACACUUUGUUCUUGUGGCAAGAGGAUUGUGAUGGAAAUUUCAAAACUACUAUGCCUUACGUUCCUUUUUCUGCUUUCAAAACUCAGACUGUUAUAUACAUGUCCACAGGCAUUGGUACUACACUGCUAAAGCAUGGCGCUGCUAUUUCCCACAGCACAUGUCUACGACACUAAUAAUGAAAACCCUCUAAUCUGGCUCAAGAGGUAGAGGUGAUGUUAUUUUCUCUGAAAGGUCUGAACUCUUUCUUUUUCCUUGUCAUCUGGGGAUUUUGUCCAUCUGAUGUUGUGCUGGGCAUUUAGUGUUCAUGUGUACAUACCUUUCAAUCAUUGCCAACCCCAAUCAACCCCCCCACACACACACACACACACACACAAAACUAAGGUAAAAAUGGUGUUGCACUCUUUUGCACGUUAACAAAUAGCCUGCAUGUUUUGAUGACGUAACCAUCCUGUGCUGCCGUAACUGACCUCUGUAAAUACAGUAUUAUUAUUGUUAUUAUUAUUAAUAUGUUGCCCAGGUGGGGAAGUAGACAAGUGCAGAGCUGAAAUGGGUCGCACAGAGUUGACCAAAAUGUCUGUCUAUCCUUACUUUCCUUAAGUAUUAUAUACUGGGGCAUGUGGCUUUUAUUGGUAUGCUAAGUGUGCGUACCCUUGUUUGAUGCAGUGUUUCUUUCUACAGGAUUUUAACUGAUUUAGACAGACCAUGGACCAUCAUUUUGGUUUAGACUGGGGGCUAUUCAUAAAAAUAAUAUGUUCAUGAAAGAACAAAUUAAUCUGUGAGGAUCAACAAUGCAAGUAUUAAGUUAAACGUGUCCCCUUGGUUUUCCUCAAAUGUUCCCCUAUCAAGAUAUUCCAUCAAAUUGUUCACUACACAUGUUAAGACUUUUUGUUAUUGGACACAGAUCCACUCUUGUAUUUAUAAAUUUGUAUUUUAUUUCCUGUCCUAAUGUACAGUUUUUUUUUUUUUUUUUGCUCAAAGGCUUGUGAUAGAUUUACACCAACCUAAGUCUGGCCUAGAAUUAAAACAACUAGAAACAUGAA